UUGGUGGAAUAACGUGACAUUUUUAAUACAUUAUUAUUUUGUUGUGUAUUGUGGUCAGUGUGAAAAAUUUCAAACAAACUUUCAAGCACAAAUUUUCAUUGACCAAUUAAUAUAUUUAAAUGAGCAUAAAUGCCGACUAAUAUAUUAUCAAUGUUCUGGCCGUUAUGGAGGAUAGCUUAAGUGUAAAAUCCAAUGAUUCAACAGCUACCAGUGACGAUUUCGAUUUUGUUUCUGACAAACCAGGUCCUAGCAAAACACCAACAUUAGAUAUAAAGGACGGUAAUUUGUGUGAUCUGCAAAAAGUUUUGGACGAGGUGUUAAACGAACCAAGUUGUAGAAUGGAGGACCCGUUACAUAAUGUUAUUAAUGGUGGCACAACAGACAAGGAUAAUCAAAAUAUUUAUACGAAUGAUGACAACAAAGAUGCUGCAACAAAAAGUAGUUCAGGAUCUCCGACUAUUGAAAAACAUGACGAAAUGAAACCAGAAUACAGUGAGGAGAGCGAAGAAGAAGGUAAAGUUUCAGAUAUUGAUCAAGAAUGUACAAUAUUCAGUGGUGUCACAUAUUUAGGUGCAGCACAAAUAAAUGCACCUAAAUCUGAAACAGAAAUACAACGGAAUAUGGCCAUUUUAAAUGAACAACAUCAACAUUCAGAACAAGGAAUCAAAGUUUCAGUUUCAGUACCCAGUUUUUCGACUGGAAUUGUCGUUUUGUACGAUGCAAAUACACAUUCAGUUAUUGCUCGUUACGAAAUUCAAAGUAUACUAUUUUAUGCGCGUGGAGUUGCAGACACUAAAGAGGGUAGUUGUUUUGCGUUUACAUGGUCACAUGGCGAAACACAAGAAUCAGCUAUAUUUCAAUGUCAUGUAUUCCGAUGUGACAUUCCAGAAGCUGUGUCACAAGUAUCAGGAUGUUUUUCAAAAGCAUUCCAACGAGCCCCACGAUCAAUGACCAAUUCCGUAGCAUCAGUUACUGACAUGUCAAGUUCAGCAUGUACAUUACCUGAUAUACAACAGAGGACUUUAGUCUGUGUUUUUGAAUUAUCUUUAGAAAUUAAAGAAGACGAUGGCCGAGGUGGAUUUUCUUCGGUAUACAAAGAUAGAUCUGGUUUUAAACUACGUUCGAAAUUAGUCAAACAAAUCUGGAUCAGCAUGAAACAAGUGACAGAUCAAGCUGUUUCAGAUGGACCACACCUUCAUAUAGAACGAUGUUUUGGUAUUCUAGUAGCACCUGGGCGACAUGUUAAACAUUCUGACAUGCAGUUAUUAGAAAUGGUACCUAUGGGAACAACAACAACAAAUAAUACUUGUGAAAGUUAUGUAAUAUCAGGUCAUUGGGAUCCAUCAGACGCAGCAUUUGCACCAUUAAAUACUGAAACACCAAAAGAAAUAACACAAUACAUAACGAUUGCUGCUGAUCUUGUAAUACGCGGUGUUCCAGAACCAGUACGAUUUUUAGUUGAGACACCUGUUAAAGUAUUUUCUCAAAACGAACGUUUUUGGUAUUUCACUAAACGGCCAUUAGUACAACAGUUUAUAUUAAAUUUGAAAGAAGUAUUAUCACCAGAUACUGGUGAUAUUAUAUACGAAGUAUCCAAUUUAGAAAGUACUGGUGAUCUAGAUCGUAACCGUUUAAGUCUAAUGUUAAAUAUAUCAAGUUUAAUACGAACACCAAGUAUUACGUCAAUCGACACGUUAACACCAAAAGAAGAGUAUCAUUCUGAUGGCGAUGAACCACUUUUAAGUGGAACUGGUUGGGUAUCCAAAGAUUGUCCUGAAGCAGUUUUGGAUAGUUGGGCAGAAGUAUUAAGUAGAUGGGAACCAGGUGAAGCACGACCACGUGGCUUAGCUGGUUUAGUGAAGAUGGGUAUACCAGAAGCGUUACGUGGCGAAGUAUGGUUAAGAUUAGCAAAUGCCGAUCAUGAUCAGCAAAUGAUGGAAACAUAUCGUAUUUUAAUAACAAAGGAAAGUGGCUGUGAAAAUGUUAUUCAACGGGAUAUUAAUCGUACAUUUCCUGCACAUGACUUCUUUCGUGAAGCUGGUGGUCUUGGUCAAGAUUCAUUGUAUAAAAUUAGUAAGGCUUAUGCAGUUUACGAUCAAGAAGUUGGUUAUUGUCAGGGUUUAAGUUUUCUGGCAGCUACGCUAUUAUUACAUAUGCCCGAAGAACAAGCAUUUUGUGUCCUAGUUAAAUUAAUGUACGAUUAUGGUUUACGAGAUUUGUAUAAAGAUGGUUUUGAAAAUUUGUACUUACGACUUCACCAAUUAACCAGAUUAAUUCAGGAACAAUUACCACCCUUAGGACAACAUUUCGCCGAACAUAACAUUGAAACGCAUAUGUUUGCAUCUCAAUGGUUUUUAACAUUAUUCACAGCACGAUUUCCCCUAUAUUUUGUGUUUCAUAUUAUUGAUGUGGUACUUUUACAGGGCAUAGAAACUUUGUUUCAAGUUGCUUUAGCACUUCUAACUAUGUGUAAAAAAGAUUUGUUACAAUUAGAUUUUGAAGGCAUUCUUAAGUAUUUUCGUGUAUCGUUACCCCGCCGUUGUUUAACUGAAGAGGUUUCCCGUGGUGUUAUGAAAUUAGCUUGUAGUAUAAAAGUAAAAAAAUUGAAAAAGUACGAACAGGAGUUAAUUGAUCACAAAGAAUCACAAGAAAAUGCUGAAAAUUAUUCAAAUGAAUUAGCACGACUUAAAAUGGCAGCUUUAAAACAUGAAGAACAAAAACAAUUAUUAAUUGAAGAAAAUUCGAAAUUAAGAGUUGCAAUUAAAGAUUUAACAUCACGACAUGAGUUAGAAACAUCAAGAAAUGCAGCAAUUAUUGCCGAGUAUAAACAGAUUUGUAAGCGAUUAGAUGAACAAAGUACGCAAUCAAAAAUUGCGUUGAAUGAAAUUCGGGAAAAAGUCAGCGGUUGUGAAAAAUGUCGUGUAGCAAUGUCCAAUGUACCUACAUCACCAGCGGGACAAAUAAGUUCUGGUGAUCAUCCACUUGCACCAAAACAUUUAAAACAGCAACAACAAUUAAAUGAAGAACAAGCACAGGUUUACGAACGUGUUCACGAAUUGGAAUUAGAAUUAGCACAAGCUAAGUUAGCCCAAGUAGAAGCAGAAUGCAGAAAUCAGGCCCUAACACAUAAACUAAAUGCAACAAUAACCGAAUUACAAACUGCCAGAAAUUCAUGGCCGCCAUGGUUAAGUAAAACAUUAAGUUCAAUAAAAGAAGUGACAAAUAAAAAAGACAUUCCAACAUUAAAUUCAUUUAAUCAUCAAACAUCACAACAACAACAGAAUAAUCCAACAUCAGUGGCAUUUACAGCUCAUAUGGGAUUAUUGCGACGUGAAAGCGCACCACAUAAACAGGAAAUUCUCUCCAAUAAUGAUAUUAGUAGACGUGAGUCCGCCCCUAUUAUUAAAGACUCUCAAAGUUAUAAUAGUUUUAGAACAAUGAAUAAUUAAUUUUUCAUGUUUUUUUAUUUUAUUUUGUUCUCGUUAAACUUGAUACAAACGCUUUUUUCGAUUAUAUUUUUAUCCCAUGUAAGAAAUUUUACGAGUACAAAAUGAAAAUUUUUUUGUUUUUGAUAAUAUUUAUAUCGAUGUUGCGAUUUUUUGGUUCUUUAUUAAAAAGAAUAUCUUUACCAUCAUCGAUUAAAUGUUUUUAGUAAGUUAAGGAACGGCUAAAUAUUUUAAAGAAUUUUGUUUAGAAAUUAUUAUCGUUUAAAAUAUUGAUGAACUUACUUUACUCGUUAAGCGAUUCAAGUUUUCUGUUGUCUCCUGUUCGAACGCAUUCAGGAUAAUUAAAGGAUUCAUCAAAGAUGAUUAUUGUUUAUUAAUGGAAUUAAAUCGUAAAACUACAUCGAUUAUUUCAUUGUACAGCCAUAUGCCAUUCUGUUAAAAUAAUAUUCAAAAAUAAUUUAAUAAUACAAACAAUUUUCAUUUAGGGGAUAUAUUCUAGUCUAGAAACCUAAAUUGUAGGCAUUUUUCAAAGUAAGUUUAUAAAAAAAUGAAAAACAUUUUUGUAGCCAUUUUUUUCAUAUGAUAUUUCUUGGCAUUUAUAAAAAUAUAAUAAAAAAAUUGUGAAGAACAGAAUUUAAAAUUGUUCGAAGUGGGGGCUCCGAAAGAAAGACGGCACCCUGGUUGACCGAAGUAGUGAUCCGAAACAAAAAGUUUGAAAAAUUGUUAAUUAAUAAAGAUGUGGGUAUCGUCCUGACCUUUUUUUGGCCUUUUCGAAUUUUUAAAAAAUAUUCAAAAUGAAUUUUUUUUAAAUCUUGGAUUUCAGCCAAUAGUGAGAUUUAUAAAUAAUAUAUAAUUCCCACCAAAUUUCAAAAGAAUCCGUCGAGUAGAACUUGAGAUAUCCACCUCGAAAAAUGUGGCUUCAAAAAAAUUGCGUUUUAAGUUCGAGAGACAAUUCCAGCAGAGUAUCUCGGAUAAUAAUGGUACUGACUGUGGAUUAAUCGGCGAUCCCAGAUCCGUACAUUGGGCCUUUUUCUAUUUCAUAUGCAAUGUCUUGCAAAGUUAUUUCUGCUUACCGUGCUGUUUUGCCUUCUUUAGAAGCAGCAGUUAUUUGUAGUACACAGCGAUCAAUUCAAAUUUCGUUACCAGAAAAUUCGUUGUAUCUCCAAAAAUAAUUCGAAUUUUGAAAAAUUCGUUUCAAGAGAUAUUCUUAAGGAUCCAGCCUUUAAAAAUAUGCAAAGAAAAAAAAUCAAUUUCUUCAAAUUUCUAGACCAGAAUAUUGCCUUAAAUUUUUUCGCUACCACUUAAUAUUUAUUUAUUAGAUUGGUGAAGUCUAAAGUUCGUUUCAAUCCUUAAUUUUCUAAAAAUUAAAAAAAAAAAAAAAACCUCCGAUUCGUUUAUUUCAUUUGGGUUUGGUUACAUUUGGUUUCAAUUUUUAUUUAUUAUAUAUACACAAGGGUACGUUCAAAUCUCGUAAACUCUCUAUUAUAAAAUUAAGUCGAAUACUGAGAUACCUUCGAACAAAUUCGUUAUACGUAAUUAUGUGUUUGUUAUUUUUUUUUCAAUUCGAACGCACCCAAAUUUGUUUAAAAAAU